AUGUCGCACCUCAGCCAGGUGUCUCUGCUUAAUAUUCGUAACAUGAUUGCAUAUUGUUUCUCCCAGGAACGUUCCUACAAGCCUACCAUUGCUGUGGAUCAGAUGGCUGUUCACUUUGUUUUGGAGGGCAGCCUUUUGCAUGAAGACUCUGAUGAGGCUCGUAGACAGAGGGCCAACGAGGGUCUCCCUGAGGAAACUGCGGCAGUCGAUACUGGAGUGGAACCUGAUGAGGAGGAACCAGAAACAUCGGAUACACCCGUAGAGGAUGGAGGGGAAGUGGAGGAAGCAGGAGAAGAGGACAGACCAGACAGUGUCGCCUCUAAAACCGACAGGAAGGAGCCAAAAGUUACUAACCAGUUCAACUUCAGUGAGAGGGCCUCCCAGACCCUCAACAACCCACUGCGGGAAAGAAGCUGCCAGACUGAUCCUCCUCCACGCGGCACCUUCUCCGCCACAGCUACUCAGUGGGGCAUCUAUGAUGCGUAUGUGGAGGAGCUGCAGAAACAAGAAACAAAUAAAGAGAAGCAGAAGGCUGUAGCAUCAAAGAAAGAUAAUGACAAAGGCACAAAGAAGACGCUGCUGAUGGAGACUCAGACUGAUGACAUCACCAAAGUGGGAAAGGCGGCCAAGAUCAUGGAACGAAUUGUCAAUCAGAACACUUUUGAUGACAUAAUUCAAGAUUUCAAAUACUUUGAGGACCCUUCUGAUGAGUUCAGGGGCCAGAAGGGCACCCUUCUCCCUCUGUGGAAGUUUCAAUAUGACAAAGCUAAGGGACUGUCUGUCACUGCCCUCUGCUGGAAUAAGAAAUAUCAGGACCUUUUUGCUGUGGGAAUGGGAUCGUACGACUUCAGUAAGCAGGGGCGUGGCAUGCUAGUCUACUACUCCUUGAAGAACUCUUCCUACCCAGCGUACAUCUAUCCCACCCCUUCUGGCGUCCUGUGCCUCGACAUCCAUGAGCAGCAUUCCUACCUGGUGGCCGUUGGCCUCUAUGACGGCUGUGUGGCUGUCUACAACAACAAGAAGAAGGAUGGAUCGGAGCCUAUGUAUAAGAGUACAGCUAAGACUGGCAAGCACACAGACCCCGUAUGGGAGGUGCGCUGGCAGAGCGAUGACAUGGACAAUAACCACAAUUUCUGUUCAGUGUCAUCUGAUGGACGAGUUGUGUCCUGGACUCUAGUCAAGAAUGAGCUGGUCUUUACAGAUAUUAUCAGGCUGUCACUGAAUGGUGCUGUCUCCGAGGGCCCGAAUCAGCUGCCUGCCAUCGCCUGUGGUACCUCGUUUGACUUCCAUAAGCAGAUCGACUAUCUCUUCCUUGUUGGCACCGAGGAGGGAAAAAUACACAAGUGCUCCAAGACUUACUCAAGCCAGUUCCUGGAGACCUAUAAUGCCCACAGCAUGACAGUGGAUGCAGUGAAGUGGAACCACUUCCACCCCAAGGUUUUCAUCUCCUGCAGUUCAGACUGGACCGUCAAAAUCUGGGACCAUACCAUCAACACUCCCAUGUUCACCUUUGAUCUGAAAGCAGCAGUUGGUGAUGUUGCCUGGGCUCCAUACUCCUCCACUGUAUUCGCCGCUGUCACAACAGACGCAACGGUCCAUGUCUUUGACCUCAGCAUCAACAAAUAUGAGGCCAUUUGCCAGCAGCUAGUGGCGGCCAAAAAGAAGACCAAGCUGACUCACAUCGAGUUUAAUCCCAUCCAUCCUAUCAUCAUAGUGGGCGAUGACCGAGGCAACGUCAUCAGCCUCAAACUCUCCCCGAACCUCCGCAAGAAACCCAAGGUCAAGAAGGGUCAGGAUCAGCCUAAGGAUUCAGAAAUGGAAGUAGCCAAGAUGGAGAAGCUCCUCAGUCUGCUGAGGGAACCGGAGCAAAGCACAGUUUAACACGGCAACAUGGUACAAUCUUUCUUUAUCGUUCAUAAAAAAGACGGUUCAGUUGCUCAGUGUGUGCAACAGUAAACAGCAUUUCAAGAAAAAACGAUUUGUAUGAGUUUAUUAAAAAGGUUUUCAUGUCAUCUCUCUUAAGCUGUCAAUACAUUAAUUAUAUUCAGUUAAUAAUGCAUGUAUUCAUACUGCAGUACAUGUCAAACAGGCAACGUUAGAAUUCCAAUGCAUUGAUUGACCUCUUCUGCAGGAUGUAUUAAACACGUUCAGUAUCAGGGUUCCCGCGGGGUCUUAAAAAGUCUUAAAAAGUCUUAAAUUUGAUAAUCUGAAUUUAAGGCCUUAAAAAG